AUGCCCGAAAAGGAGCUGUGGCCAGCGGGCCCCGGCACGGACCCCGUGACCCGCGUCGGCAGCAGUGACAGCAUGACGAGUGCCGACUCUACCCAAUCUGGAUUUAGCGACGGCAGCUACGACUUCCUUUCAGCAGAGGAGAAGGAGUGCCUUCUCUUUCUGGAGGAGACCAUCGGCUCUCUGGACCGGGAAGCGGACGGCGGGCUGUCCACUGACGAGUCCGAGCAGGCCCUGACGCCCAGGGCUCGGAGACCGCAACCCAUAGGCCUCUCGACCCCUCAGGGCCAUCUGGAAGGAAGUAUCCAAGGCCCAACACAGAAGAGCCUUCAGCCCAGUUCACUACAGCCCCCUGAGCUCAAGUCCGGCUCCCACAGCCUCCCAAGGAACAUCCACAUUAGCAGGGUCCAGAAGGCCAGUGAGAGCUCCACCCCUAAACCUCAAAGCUCAGUCACCGGGCCUCCUCCUGCUGUGCCCCGAGUUCCACUGCUGGGGCCACCUGAGAGUCACGGGGUCAACAGAAGCCACCCGGCUGUCCCAGAAAGCCCAUCCGAAUUAGACCUGGUGGUCAUCCCACCUCCAGUGGCCUUCCGGGAUCCACACCUGGAGCAGGAGUCCCUGCUGUCUGGCCAGCUCCGGGAAGGGGACGAGAGGGCAGGGCAAGGGAGGACUGAGGUGAAGGCACAGGAAAACCUUGUCCCGUGGCCCCAGAAUCCACCGGCGAGGAGAGAGGAAGCUAUUUCCCAGCUCAUGGCCCACAGAACCAAACAGGAGGACCUGGAAGGGACCCCGGGGCUUCUCUUGCCGCCUCCUGGCUUCUCCACAGAGACUAUGGGGCCAGAAAACUCCCCUUCAGAACAUGAGGGUGAUCUGAGACCCCACCCUGGCCCUCCAACAGCUCAAAAGCCCAGGAAGCUGCCCCCCAAUAUCAUCCUGAAAGCCAGUCGGGGCAGCUUCCAUACUGACCCCCAGAACCGGCUGUCCCACCGCCCCGAGUUCUCCCACGGUGACCUGGCCCCCGAGAGAUCAAGCCCGGCUCAUUUGGCCCUGCAGGAACAGAGGCGAGCCCGGCGGGAGGCCUUGGAGAAGUUGGGGCUGCCUCAGGAUCAAGACAGUGAACCCAACCACCCUCGGUCCAAGCCAACCAGCUCCCCUCUAGCUCAGCCUCCCGCUUCUGCUCUGGCUGCAGUUUCUACUUCCCCUCUAGCUCGGGACCCUUCUCCGACUCCUCCUGUGUCUCGGCCUCUCGCUCCCAGUGCUCCUCUAGCUCGGGCGCCUUCUCCCACUCCCCCUGUGACUCUGCAUCCCACUCUCACUGCUCAGUCUUCUACUCCGGAUUCUCCGUUGACUCAGCCUCCUGCUCCCUCUGCCCCUCUAGCUCGGGCUCCUACUCAGACUCCUCCUGUGGCUCGGCCUCUGGCUCCCACCGCCCCUCUAGCUCGGGCCCCCUCUCCGUCUCCUCAUCCGGUUCAUCCUCCCACUCCUGCUCUGAUUCGGGCGGCUUCUCCGCCUUCGGCUCGGGCUCCCACUCCCGGUCUGACUCAGACUCCUGCCCCGGCUCAGCCUCGAGCUCCGCCAUCCAAGCCAGUCCCCAUUCACAAGGAUGCCAGAGUAGAGAGCCCCCCAGCUAGGCCAAAGCCUGACCGGAGUUUGGCCCUGUCGGAGGGUCCCGUCCCCGGCCUGAGGCAGUUGAACUUCAAAUCCAACACCCUGGAGCGUUCGGGGGUCGGGUUGAGCAGCUACCUCUCGGCCGAGAAGGACGCCGGCCCCAAGACCAGCAGCUCCCUGGGCAAGGUCUCCUUCCUGGACAAGCUCUCUCCCAGCAUCCUACGCAACACCCGGCCCCGCCCGGCCUCCCUGGGCACAGGCUCGGACUUUGCCGGCAUCCAGGUGGGAAAGAUGGCUGACGUAGAGCAGGAGCGGAAUGAAAAACGCUUGUCCUACCCCUUGCAGAGCCGCUCCAAGCUGCCUCGCCCUCCCUGCGUCAGUGUCAGGAUCACCCCCAAGGGCGCUACGGAUGAGCACCGGAGAGAGGCACUCAAGAAGCUUGGCCUGCUGAAAGAGUAGGUGCCGAGCACUGGAAACGAAGAAGGGAAGCCGGUAUGGUCCUGGGGAUCUCCCCUUCCUACCACUCAGACUGUGGGACCCAAAGAGACGUCAGGGUCGGGAGGGGAGCCUGCCUCUCGUCUGAUUUUCCCCUGACUGCGCCUCCCUCUUCGAAGCAGCCCCGGGCCCAUAUCCUUUCCACUGCUGGACACGCCAACUGGAACCAGCCAGUCUAAUUUGGGUAUGGAUGAAUUGUGUGUAAAAGCUGUACAUAUCCCACGUGGAGCUAUUUAUACAACAUGGAUAAUGGCAGAGUGCUCUCUCUUUCUGGUGAUUGGCAUUUGUUUUUCCCAGGAUAGGCAGGGUGGGGUGAGAGUGUUAGGUGCGGCUGGAGAGUAAAUAAAAUCCUAGACCCUGACACGGGAUGGAUGUGAGACUUCGCUUCAUGGCAGUGGAAAUUUUGGUGAAUUCUUGAGUCCAUCUCUACAGCGGGACACUGCUGGGAUCAGGGUUGGGUGUGUGUGUCGGGUCUUCGCCUCUGUCCUCCCAUCAUCCCUCCAAGCAUUUUACUUGCUCUAAGCUAGCCAGCUGACUCUUCUAGUGUUUCUCAAACACUCCUUUGGAAGAGGAUCCUCUUUUUUAAAGUCACCAAUAAAUUUUUCUAUUGUCCA